AUGCGUCCAACUAAGAUGCAGUACGUUCGUCUCGGGAACUCGGGCUUGAAGGUAUCCAAGAUCAUUCUAGGAUGUAUGUCCUACGGCGAUCCCGCCUGGCAAGGAUGGGUCCUUCCCGAGGAAGAAGGUAUCAAGCAUAUCAAGGUUGCCUAUGAUGCCGGAAUCAAUGCUUUCGACACUGCCAAUGUUUAUUCUAACGGACAGUCUGAAAUUAUGCUCGGGAAGGCGAUCAAGCAGCACAAUAUUCCGCGCGAAGAAAUUGUCGUGAUGACCAAAGUCUUCUUCACAGUCGCGCAAGACCCUUCAAAAUUGUAUUUCGCUCCUGUCGAUAGCGAAAAGGAUGGAUAUGUAAACCAGCAUGGUCUCAGCAGGAAGCACAUUUUCGACAGUGUCAAGCACAGCUUGGAGCGUUUGCAACUCGAAUAUAUUGAUGUCCUUCAAUGCCACAGAUUCGAUCCCGAGACGCCAGUCUCUGAAACGAUGCAAGCUCUGCACGACGUCGUCAAGGCGGGAUAUGUCAGAUAUAUCGGCAUGUCUUCUUGUUACGCAUGGCAGUUUCAUAUCAUGCAAAAUUAUGCAAUUCAACAUAAUUUGACUCCCUUUAUCUCAAUGCAGAACCAUCACAGCCUUCUUUACCGGGAAGAAGAGCGUGAGAUGUUCCCCACUCUCAAGCAUUUGGAAGUCGGGGCCAUUCCAUGGUCUCCUCUGGCUCGAGGUAUGCUCACACGGCCCAUCCAGCAACAGACCAAGCGGACGGAGACAGAUCCCUGGGCAACAAUCUACAAGGCCAGCGACGCCACCGAAAUAAUUAUCAACCGCGUUGAAGAGAUAGCGAAAAAGCGCGGCAUUUCGAUGGCUCAAGUCUCCGUUGCAUAUUCCAUGGGUAAAGAAGGCAUCUCUGCUCCGAUUGUUGGAACGACAUCGGUGGCUAACCUUAACGAUCUUAUUGGCGCCAUCGAGGUCACAUUGACUGAAGAAGAAGUCAAGUAUCUGGAAGAGCCGUACAAGCCCCUCCCAAUCAUCCACUGA